AUGUCGGUUCUCCCUAGUGUCCAGCCAUUCCAUGAAAUAGCAUAUCCACUGUGGUUGACAUCGGCUAUCUGUGAGAUUUGGUUUGCAUUAUCCGGGAUUUUGGAUCAGUUUCCAAAGUGGUCGCCCAUUAGCCGUGAGAUUUAUCUUGACAGACUUGAUAUAAGAUAUGAUCGUGACGGAGAACCAUCACAGUUGGCCCUUAUUGAUGUUUUUGUCAGUACGGAGAACCCUCUCAAAAAGCCGCCUCUUAUCACUGCAAAUACUGUUUUGUCUAUACUCUCCGUUGAUUACCCUGUCGACAAGCCUAGUUCCCCUGAGGCUGAUGAAAGCAAAUUGCCAUUGCAGUUAGCAAUUGUAGGACGCCCCAAUGUUGGUAAGUCAACCUUACCGAAUACUUUGUUGCAAGAAGACCGUGUUCUUGUGGGUCCUGAAGCUGGUUUCACUCGAGAUGCAAUCAGAACUCAGUUUGAAUUUCAAGGAAGAACAAUUUAUCUGGUUGAUACUGCCGGCUGGUUACAGAGGACAAAACUGGAGAAAGGAGCGUCAUCCUUGAGCAUUAUGCGAUCAAGAAAGAGUCUACUCCGAGCUCAUAUAAUUGCUUUGGUACUAGAUGCAGACGAGAUAGUAAAUGCUAAACAGAGUAUGAAACAUGCUGAAGUAGUUAUAGCCAGACGAGCUGUGGAAGAGGGACGUGGACUGGUUGUGAUUGUGAAUAAGAUGGACUUUCUAAGGGGCAAAGAUAAAUCAUCAUCCUAUGAGCAAAUUAUGGAGGUUGUUCAAAAAGAAAUUCAGACAGUUAUACCUCAGGUUACCGGAAUCCCAGUAUUAUUCAUUUCAGCUUUAGAAGUAAGGGGCCGGACAAUUGUCUUGCAUCAAGUCAUUGAUACAUAUGAAAAAUGGUGUACAAGAUUAUCUACAACUCAUCUUAACCAUUGGUUGCAAAAGGUUAUGAGCAGGCAUUCUUGGAAAGACCGGUCAACACUUGCCUAA